CAAGCCACCCGCGGCCGCGCCCACACAUUCCCGCGGUCUCCGCCUCCCGUGCCCCGCACUCCCGUCCGCUUCGCGAACCUUCCUCCUCCGCCACAAGGGCAAGGGAGGCCACCUCACCUCACCCACCCAACCACAGCCACGGCCGACCAACCCCGAGAAAAUCCCCUCGAUUUCCCCUCCCGACGCCGCGCCGGGCAAAAUCGCCGGUCAUUUUCUCGGGGCCUCCGCGCCUCCACGCCGCCCGCCCCGCCCCGGCUCCACCAGUUCCAUCGGUAACUCCGCCGAUUUAUCUCCCGCCCUCCCCUCCCCAUACCACCUCCCUUCUUCUUGUUGCUGCCGCUGAGAGUUUCUACUUUCUCCUCGCUCUAUCCGCUCCUCGCGAGCGAUGGUGGGCGACCUCUCCCUCCUCGCCUCCGCAUCUGCCUCCCCCGUCAUCCUCGCGCCCUCCAAGGAGCUCCAUGGCGUCCUGCCGUUCCAGGGGAAGAGGUCCCAGCAGGACAUGGGGAGAAGCGCCGCCGUGCAGCUCUCCCCGCAGCAGCACCUCCUCGAGGGCGCCUACCAGGCGCAGCAGCCCCUGCAGAUGAUGGUCCCCGGGAUCGGCCAGGCUGCCGCCGCCGCCUACCAGACCUUCGACAGCGCCGCGCUCAUCGACGUGCAAGAUUCCCACCCCGAUUCGGUUCGACUUAGCCUUGGGAUUGCUGAGCAGUGUGCAAGGCAAGAGAAAAUCCUAAAGUUUCUAAUGUCAGGUCCUGAUGUCAAAGAACUUGAUGCCUCUUUGCUUACUGAAUUUACGGGACAUCAGAUGCUAUCAGCUAAUAUGGGUGGUCAACCAUAUACCUCUGAUGACAAGUUAUCUGUCUAUGAGUUUGGAUUGGAGGAGCCUCUGCAGUAUCUAGCAAAAAAUCAACUUAUCAUCCCUGAUGACAAGUUAUCCAUCUACGAGUUUGGAUUGGAGGAGCCUCUGCAGUAUCUAUCAGAAAAUCAGCUUAUCAUCCCUGAUCCACUUUUGGAAUUUGCUCAGUCCCAAGGUGCCCUUGCUAUAGAUGAAAAUGGCCGGGUCAUCUUCACUGGCAGUGGAGAGGAGAUGAGAGACUUACUUUCGGUUUUCUUAGAGUUCAAUGUACCUAAACGAGAACCAAGUGGUUGCAAGGCUGCAUAUUUAGUUCCAUACUUCGACAGGAAAAGGGGCCGAAAUAGUAGUCAAUCCAAUUCAAAAUCAGCAAGCACCGCAGUUGAUGCUCCAAAAAGCAAGGCAAGUGUGAAGGCAAAAUCUCCAUCGAAGAAGAAACAGAAAGGAAAAACCAUCAAUGAACGUGACAUGUAUCAGAAUAACUAUUUCCAUGCCAGCGAAGCUUUUUUUUCAAUCCUUCUGGACAAGGACAACAGCUCGACAAUUCUCUCACUGAAGAAAGCAGGUCCUGAGAUCACUGAACUGUUGACACAAUGCUCUAUUGGCAUUGCUGGAACUGGCCUGGCUGUUCUUCUGUCGGUUGUGUGCAAGAUUGCCAUCGGCGGGAGGACUCCUUUUGCCGCCUCCCGACUGCUGCACACAGGCGUUGGAUUUGGGCUCUUCUGGCUCUCACAUGCGGUAAAUGGAUUGCGGGACACGAUCACCAGCGUAUUUAGAGGCCCAGUUGAUACGAAGUUGGAGGAUGAGGUUGCUGUGAAGAUACAAAGAAGCAUGAAUGAUAUUCUCUUCAGGGCCGUAAGUCUCCUGGCAAUCACUGCUUUGAGGUUUGCAUGAGCUAUUCCUACACUGCUGUAACUUGGCGCACCUCGAUGUAUGAUUCACCUUUUGGUUCAGGAGUACAGUACUGUAGGACUAAGUGGCAAAUACCUUCAUGAUUCAUGAGGGCCUCAUAGAAAAUGCGCAACGUUGUAAAUUGUACAGAAUUUUGCUGGCAGCUCGGUGUAUAUGGAAGAUAGAUUUUGCCUGUUCUGAACGUUAAUUAAGCUAAGGGUCAAUAUACUUUGUAUUUCUUUCGGACA